UUGAAGCAUUUAAAAUAAAAUUUCCCUAAUAAAAAUAAAAACGGUGAGAUUAGUCAUAGCUGCCAUCCCGCAUAAAAUUUGCUCAGUUGACAUCUAUAAGUUGUUUUUCCUUUAUAUAUUUUAGUAAUAGACAGGUACAGCUAGAUCUUCGGAACUAUUAUGUAGGUGUUGGUGGUGGUGCAAAUGUCACUGAAUCUCAACCAAACCUGACAACCAACGUGUCACCGACACUUCAAAGUGUCGGCAACGCAACCUUCCCUAACUCAAACCUUUUCCAAAACAACCUGUCCGACACACUAAAUCCCCUUAAAAAAAAGUUAAAAAAUUAAAAAACAAAUCUUUCCACCCUCAACAAAUCUCAUACAUCAAUUUUAAUUUAUAACAUAUUAUUCUCCACAUUUCCCUCAUCACCAUCCAUACUAUUCCUCACCCAUAUUAGUAAUCCAUCUCUUUCUAUUUCCCCACUUUUUUCUUCUUCCUUACACCAAUUUUAUUUUCGACCACCACCGCCGAAAAAAAAAAGCUGAGGCGACGAAACGACGUCGUUUGAUUAAGUCCACAAAAAUAUAUGGCGCCUCGUUUCUUCGCCUGCUUUGGGAAACGUGGUUCGUCAACCUCGGCGGUUGAGAGCAGUGGAGGCGGUGGUGGUACUGCUGACGUGGCGGUGGAAGAGCAAAGGCGAGGUGGGGCCGUCCUGGUGGAGUUGUUCUCGUCACAAGGUUGUGCCACGUCGCACGAGGCGGAGCUGUUGAUGUCGAGGCUUGGGAGAGGGGAUUUUAAUGAGAUGGGCCUUCCGCCGGUGCUGGUUUUGGCCCAUCAUGUGGAUUAUUGGGACUAUAAAGGGUGGAAGGAUCCAUACGGGUCCAGUCUUUCUACGGUUAGGCAAAAGGCCUUUGUGGAGGCCCUUAAUCUUGAUACCAUGUUUACGCCCCAGGUGGUGGUCCAGGGUUCGGCCCAUUGUGUUGGGAAUGACGAGAAUGCCUUGCUGGGUUUGAUUAAGGGUGCAGCUAGAUACCCUGCUCCCUCGUUCCAGGCGAAUUUCCAAAGGCAAGCAGACACCUUGCAAGUCUCUCUAACAGGUGCAUUGAGGACAAAGGUUGACAGCCAAGGCGCAAAUGUGAUGGUGGCCUUGUACGAAAAUGGUUUGGUGACUGACUGCCCGAGGGGGGAGAACAAAGGCCGCGUCUUGUCCAAUGACUUUGUGGUUAGAAAAUUCGAAAAACUUUGUACUGUGAAAGAUAUCUCAGCGAAGAAGUCAGUAUCUGGAACGGUCAAUUUCCCUCUAUGGGAAGGAUUCAAUGGAAGCAAAUGUAGCUUGGCUGUGUUUGUUCAGAGUACUUCUCACCAAGUAUUUGGAUCCCAGAACAUUGAAUUACCAAACGACAUGUGAAAUUCAUCAACUCCAACUCUUUUCAUAUAGGUCAUUGUUAUGUACAGAAUCAUGUGUUUCUCUGUAGGAUAUUGAUUUUUUAUUGUAUUUUUAAUUCUCUUCAUUAUGUUAUUUUGGAGAUGGUGAGGAUGAUGGUCUUUCCAGAUUGGUUGGUUUAGGGGACGGAGAAAGAAAUUUGCUUUAUUCUUGAUAAUUUGAGAUGUGAUUGAACUACUAUUGUUUUUUAUUUCCUAAAUUUGAAGAGUAAUGAAGAAUUGAGAUGCACUAGUGAUUUCUAUC